AUGUUUUUAACUGGUAAGCUAGAAAAGAUCUGUUACGAGAUUCAGCUUGUGGCCUCUGAGGAUGAAGGUACCAUUGCCAAGACCACAAGCAAGUACUAUUCCUUGGAUGGUGUUGAGAUCAGUGACGAUAAGAUCAAGACUGGCCAAGAAAGGUCUGGGGCAAUGUUCAAGGUCCUUGCAUUAUACCAGCAUUUAAUCUGCUUAUAUGUUGAAGCUAAAUCCUACCCACCAGGGUAG